AUGGCAGACCCUUUUACAAAUAGUUUGGUGUACAAGACAAGUCCAAAACCAUGGCAUCAAUUGCUUGUUCUCAGCCAAUCUCUGAUUGACGAUGCUUUUUGGAACAUGUGGGCCAUCUCAGAUCCCACCUCUCCAAUCAAAACCUUCAACAUGACCGUACGAGGCGGAGGAUCCAUGGCAGGGCAACUAGAUGCACCUCAAAUAUCACUGAACGUGACUUCUCUCAUCCCGCAGUUGUACUAUUUACUUAAGUUCCAAUCCGGAACACUCACCCUUUACACAAGUGAUGAUCCGAACGACCCAACAGAGAAGGAAUGGGAUGUUUCCGGCUGGGUCCUGGCAUUUCCAGUAACCAUCGGCUCCAAAAAUCUUGACCCCAACGAUCCAGCGAAUAAGGGGUACUUGCAAGAAAUGGGUAACCCACAAGGAGUAUUCUCUUUAGCACAACUGUUUAUCGAUGCCUCGGGUUAG